AUGUCAAGUGGAACGGGGUCCGCGGGGAGGACCCGAGAAGGAGUGCCGAUCUGGGACGGAGAUCCUGGGACUUUUGUGGAGUUUUCAGAAGCAGUGAGACUCUAUGAGCAGGGCACGGCGCCGCACAAGCGGGCACAAGUGGGGCCCCGAGUGGCCGCAGAACUGACAGGAGCCGCGAGGAGAUUCAUAUCUGGCCAGGCACCAGACUGGCUCUCCCACUAUGGUGGAGCAGAGGCUUUGCUGAGCCAUCUGCGCCAAGGGCUAGGGAAGCCUCGAGUGUCAGAGGUCACGGAUCAUCUGACGCGGCUCUUCAAGUACAGCAAGCGAAAGGCCGGCGAUGGCGAGGAUGCCAAGGACCGGGACAAAGUCCACGACCUCGAGCCGAGGCGGAAAUGGUGGAGCGCCGAUGUGGGAGACACCCACAUGGAGCCGCCGCACCUCCAUGGAGAAUGUGGCAGAGGAAGAAGAGGCCGCCGACGAAGCGGCGGAGACCGACACGGCGGCGACGAGAACGUCAUGGGGUUGGCAGCCAGACAACUGGUGGAGUUACUCUCAGUCUUGGCAGGCUACGGCAGCACUGGCUACGGAUGGGGCUCCGGCUCAUGGCCAAGCUCAUCGACGAUCAACGUGAACGCUUCCACCUUGCCGGAACUCCUUCCGGACUUCGUGCAGGGGUGGCUGCUCCUGCAGGACGCAGGGCUUGAUGCGAAUGAGAGAGGACUAGUCCUCACGACCGUGGGAGAGGACUUCCGUGUGGCGACUGUGGCCAACGCCCUUCGAGCACAUUUUCCUGACGGCGACCUUCGAAGGCGAGAUGGCGGAAAGAAGCAGCUUGGCUAUUGGGGGAGUGUCGAGGACGAGUCCGACACCGAGGACUACGGGGACACCUUCCAGGCGGCCGAGGUGGCAGAGAACUUGAAUGACGAGGGCUUCGCCAUGUGGAAUGACGCGCAGGAUGAGAUUGCGGAGGCGAUGGCAGUGAUCGGGACCGCAAAGAGAACACUCAAGGAUGCGCGUGCUAAGCAGCACGCCGUGAAAAUGUCUCGCCAAUACUAUCGGGUGAGCGGAAAGGGCAGCGGAAAAUUCGGCAGUCAGCGCCGAACACCUGAUGACAGCAACCUGAUCUGCAUGGGGUGUGGCCGUAAGGGCCAUCGAGUGGCCAACUGCCCUAAUCCUCAGAAUCCUCCUUCAGCUCAGAUGGCCGAGAACGAGACGGCCUCUUUCAUCUGCUACUCGGAAGGACCUGCUGCACAGGAGACGGCCUAUGCCACGGGGAUCACUACACGUGAGGCGGUCCAGCAGGGGAAAGCGGUGAUGGACUGUGGGGCCACAAGGAGUAUCGGAUCAGUGCUGGCCCUCGAGAAGCUGAUGGAAAUGAACAUAGCACAGCACGGGGAGCCGCGAGUGAUCGAGGUGGAUCGCUCAGAUCGCCCGAUUUUCGGGUUCGGCAAUUCCUCGACGGAUCGAUGUGCUUCUACCGUGAAGAUGGGCAUCCAAGCGGGGAAUCGCCAAGGAGUUUUUCGGAUCCACGCGCUGAACAAAGGCGACGGCCCAAUCCUGAUGAGCAUAGAGGCAAUGACCAUGCUGGGCGCCCUCGUGGACUUUAGCGCCAACCUCGCGGUGUUCAGGAAGUUGGACCCGACCAAGCUUAUCCCGAUUGAGCGGUCCGCCACCGGCCAUAUGCUAGUGCCGCUGUCCGGUGAUCUUUUUAAGAAGGCUAUCCAGGCUGUACAGACCAUCCCAGGCCUGGAGAUUUUCGUGCCGAAGGAACAUGGGGAACAGGUUCCCAAGCAGUGGACCAAGGUGGAGCUCCUCCAGAGGAUCGAAGAGGUCACUGGCCGCGACCUCACCCGGGAGAAGAAGUCGAGCGCAACGGAGGCGUCGGAGUACCGUGUGCUGGUCCGCGACCUGAACCAGGCCUCACGGCGCAAGGCCGAGCUCCAGAAGUUCUGCGCCGAGCGGCUGAACAUGAAUGUGAACCACAACCUGACGAUUGCCCAGCUCCAGAAAGAUGCUAUGGCAGUCAUUGCGUCUCGGACGCCACCCGAGCCGGCCGAUUUCGUGGGAUUCGGCAAGCAUGCAAGUCUCUCCUAUGCCCUUGUGAAGGAAAAUCACCCCGAGUACUGCCGAUGGGUAGUGCAGACGGCCCGGGAAGGACAGUGCAACCCCAGGCUGUUGCGCCUGGCAGGGUGGUUGGAGAACGACGUGGAGAAGGUGCAGAGGGCCCAGAAGGAGAUUCGCGACGCCAAGACGAUCAGCGAGGCGAAGGGCAUGUUCGAGGGCUACCCAGUGUUGCAGGAACCGGUGACACCCAGAGGAUCAGCAUCGAGCAGCACGAUGGAAAGCGGGAGACGCCGAGUCGCCGUAGCACGAUCCAAGGCAGCCAGCCGGAAGGAGACCGAGACCGCGGACGAGGACGUGAAGAUCUCCAAGGACCAGUUGGCCGCGCUCAUCACCACGAUGGAGACUUUGAAGGACGAGGUGGCCAGUUUGAAAUGCGAGAGGCCCCGCAAGAAGGUGACGUCCGAGGAGAGCGAGGAUGUGAGCUUGAAGAGUAUGCUAGGAGACAAACGUGCUGUUUACGUUGCCUUGGGAGUGUACGCUUAUGGCAAUCACUACGGAAUCACGAACAGAUCCAUGCUGUUUCCGAGGUUGCGCAAGUACCUGAACCGUUUCAUGGAAAACUGGUCCGGAGGCCCCUUCUGUAAGUCGUCGUUGGUUGUUAGUUGGAACAACUUACUGCCUCUCCACCGAGACGCGAACAACGAUAGUGCCUACAAGAACCAUGUGAUAGGACUAGGAACAUAUCAACACGGGGAGCUGUGGCUCCAAAGCACGGACGGUGGAGCGCAACGCCGGCAGCUUCCUUCUGGAGAAUGGAUCCAAGGCGGGCUCCAUGAUAUUAAGGGCAAGGUGUUGAAGUUUUCUCCGACAUUGUGGCACCAGACGCAGAAGUGGAGUGGUGAGAGAUUCACGAUUGCGGCGUUUGUGUCACGAGGGUCACACUGUUUGAGUCAGGAACAGAGGGAAAGAGCGAAACAAUUAGGAUUCACCCUGCCUCCCGUGGCCCGUGGUAAAGCGGAAAUCCAACCUGCACAAGCCAUGACGGCGGAAACUCAGAGCAAGAAAGAAGACGAACUGAUCAUGAGACAGCUGUACAAGUUGCAUUCGGCUACUGGACAUGGAAGUGUUAAAACCAUGAUCGAUGCCCUAAAAAGGCGAGGAGCUCCCCAAAAGGUGCUGGAUGUGGCGAGCCGUUUUGUGUGUUCUGCAUGUCAAGAAAGGAAGCGACCGCCACCCCGACACUUAGCAUCCUUGGAGUUGUUGCCACCCCGAUGGCACACCAUUUCAGCUGAUGUGGGUCACUGGACUCACCCAAGGAGUGGAGAGAUCGUCCAGUUUCUGUUGAUCAUUGAUGAGGGUUCCCGUUUCAGAAUUGCCAAGGUGUUGAGCAAGGGAAGUAGGCAACAACCGUCUGCCGCGAACUGCUUGGAGUAUUUGAGGGAAGGAUGGAUUCAGGUGUUCGGACGACCCGACGUUCUUAGAUUGGACCCUGCGGGAUCAUUCAGAGGGCAACAGGUUGAGAAUUUCUGUGACAGACAUUCCAUAUUCUUGGACGUGAUACCUGCGGAUGCCCACUGGCAGAUUGGCGUGUGUGAACAGGCGGUUAAAGGGAUCAAACACGUGAUGGAAAGAGCCUGUGCGGGGGAUGAACAGUUGACCUCUGAAGAAGCUCUCUCCUUAGCCGUUGGAGUGUUCAAUAGCCGUGAACAGGUGCGGGGCUUCACCCCGAUCCAACAUGCAUUCGGCCGGAAUCCUGAUGUGACCGGACGUCUCAUAGCCCGUCCGGACCAGCUGCCCGAUGAACUAUUGGUGGAGAACGCCGUGGAUGACUUCGCCAGGGCGGCACAAAGCCGCGCAGAGGCGGAGAAGGCCUUAUGUGAUUGGCAGGCUAAGCAGCGCAUCAGCCGUGCUAUGAACUCUCGGAGUAGGCCGCAAGCUACGUACCACCCUGGGGAUUUGGUGUUCUUCUGGAGGACACAGGAAAGUGGAAAGAGCAGACGAGCUCCUGGCACCAGCCAUGGGCGAUUCCUGGGACCGGCACGCAUAUUGGCUACGGAGGGACGCCGAGAACCGGACGGCUCUCACCGUCCGGGCAGUGCCAUCUGGUUGGUACGAGGAAGGUCACUCUUGAAAUGUUGCCCGGAGCAACUAAGGCCAGCGUCACCUCGAGAAGAACUUCUGGAAGCACUGGCAGCUGGCCGUCAAGGCGAACAGACCCCGUGGACCUUCCAAAGGAUCGCUGAGGAGAUAGGUGGAACUCGCUAUGAAGACAUUACGGGAGAGAGACCAAGCCCCUCUGAGUGGCACCGGGCACAGGAUCCUAUGGAGGAGACACCUCCCACCAGGUUUCGAGUGAGAGGCAAGAGACCGGCACGUGAGCCGGAUGAGGAGCUUCUCAUGGACCUGGAGGAUGAGGAGGACGAGCCGUCCCAGCCAAGCCGACCGAGCCGGCCACGCACCACGGGCCCGCAGGGUCUGCAGACAGAGCGGCAGGAGGCUUGGUGGAGCAGACUGUCCGAUGAGAGCUUCCCGGAGGCAUCCAGUUUCUGGACGGAUGCUGAGGCAGCCGUCGAGGUGGCUAUUGACAUGCCAUCUACCAGUCGAGGAGUACAGGGAGCUUUGAAGAACUUAUCUGGAUACUUCGUGAGCGCGCUUAAGCGGAAGGCGAUUGAGGUCAGCGAGAAAAGACUGAAUGAAGGCGACCGGGCCUCUUUUCGGGAGGCCAAGGCAGUGGAGGUCAAGAACUUCGUGGCCUCACGAGCCUUCGAGGCCUUGCCGCCCGAGGUGAAACCGGACAAGUCACAGGCCAUGGGCAUGCGCUGGAUCCUGACUUGGAAGACCCGUGAAGACGGGAGUCAGAAGGCAAAGGCGCGAGCGGUCCUGUUAGGCUAUCAGGACCCUGCCUAUGCUCAUCGCUCUACAACUUCACCUGUUAUGACGCGUCAAACGCGUCAGAUGUUACUCCAGACAGCAGCUAUUCGUAAGUGGGCAGUCUACAAAGGAGACGUUUCCGGAGCUUUCCUUCAAGGCCGCGAUUACCCCGAUCAACUUCUGUGCAUCCCUUGCGACGAGAUAUGUGCUGCCAUGAACCUCGAGGCCGGGAGUGUAGUACGACUAAAGAAAGCCUGCUACGGCCUUGUUGACGCGCCACUGGAGUGGUACCGAACGGUUGCCGAGUUCCUCGAGGCACAGGGCAUGGAACGCAUGUGGUCGGACGCUUGCGCGUGGGUUCUCCGGAAGGAGGGCAAAGUUGUCGGUGUCAUCUCUGGACAUGUGGAUGAUUUCCUCUUUAGUGGCGAUGAGCAAGACGCUGACUGGCUGCACCUCAUUCAGGCCGUGAAAGAUCGGUUCCGCUGGGGUGAUUGGGAUAAGGAUACCUUCGUUCAGUGCGGUGUGCAAGUGACUCGAGAAGGAAACUCCUUUAAGCUUUCUCAAGCCGCCUACGUGGAAAGUAUUCCCGAGAUCAACGUGAGACUUUUGGGCGCCAUAAGUUGGCAUGCCCAACAAGUGCUAGCAACAGAGGUCCUGUCAAUCAAAGGAGCCGAGCGGAAAGCUAACCUAGAGCUCUUGAGCGUGAAAGAGGCACAGAUGCGCACUGAGCUACAAGUCCGUUGGGUCCAUUCGGAGGCGCAGCUCGGGAACUCGCUCACGAAGCAGAACGGGGGUCACGAGUUGGAGCUGUUCUACAAGAUGCGACAUGCUUGGCGGAUCGUUGAAGACCCAGCAAUGAGAUCAGCAAGAAAACGCAAAGCAGAUGGAGUACCUCCCCUGGCCAGCCAUGCAGACCAGUCACAGGUGGCAGUGGAAGAAAUUGAAUCAAUUACUGAAGAAGCGAUGUUCCAGGAUCAUGUCUAUGAUUUCUUUUGGUAG